AUGUCUCUACCGCAGCGACCCGAGGAGUCGUCGCCGCCUCGACGAGGCGAGCGGCGACAUGCGCACCGAGACUCGCACCACCGCAGAAGGAGGACUUCGGAUCUGGAGAACACACGGUCGCACGACCGCUCCAAUAGCAAGGGCGGCACCCAGGCCUACUCGCGCGCGCUUCCCUCGCCCGGCACCCCCGUGCCCAUGGAGCGCGAUCCCAUAAUGAGAGGCCAACCGAAACCAUCCGAGCCCGAGUUGAACAGGAAGCGCAGUCUUAUCCGACCUGAACGCCAGCGAAUGGACCCGAGCCAUCCGAACUAUCACUACCGCAAACAUGCUCAGCGCAUGGACGUCCACCCAUCGACGACGGGUAACGACCCUAUCCUAGAAGACCACCUCGAGGCAGAGACUGUCAGCUCAGACAGCACUGACAUCAAGCCCCCGCAUAUGCGAAAUGCCUCCGGCGGAGGGUACAACGACAAGCAAGCUCCGAUGGACGACGGGGAGCCACGGAUACAACGCAAGCUGACGAGCAAGACAAUGGAAGCACGUGAGAAGCAGCGUCAGAAGGAGCAGGACAAGCUACGACCACCUAGUCUGUGGAAUGUCUACUGCGCUAUCGUUACUUUCUGGUGUCCGAAUGCCAUCUUGAAGUGCUUUGGAAAGCCGCAGAAGGCGCAGCAGCGAGCAUGGAGAGAGAAGGUCGGACUAGUCAGCAUCAUUUUACUCAUCUGCACGUUCGUUGGAUACCUCACAUUCGGUUUUACGGAGACUGUGUGCCCAUCUGGCGGCAAUGCUCGCCUUAGGACAAACGAAGUCGGAGGUGGAUACCUGAUCAUUCACGGCAAAGCCUACGAUCUCGCUCAGUCUAAGCACCCGCGCGCUCGCGGCAUCCCCCAAGACGCAAACGUUCUCUUCGAUCUUCCAGAGAAGAACGGCGGUAAAGACGCUAGCUUCUUGUUCCAGAAUGUCAAUGGAGCUUGCAAAGGACUCAUCACUGAAAAGGAAAACUCUGGCAUUCCCACAAGUGGUAAUGGCGAUCUGGGCUGGUACUUCCCGUGCCGUCUGUUCAACCAAGACGGGUCGACCAAGCCCAAUACGACCUUCUUGGAGUACAACGGUUACCAGUGUCAUACCUCGGACAACGCUCGUAGAGCCUUCUACAGUCUGCGAAACGCCGGCGACGUGUACUUUACCUGGGAUGACAUUCGCAACAGUUCUAGGAACCUCAUGGUAUGGGGCGGUGAUGUAUUGGACCUGAACUUGCUCGACUGGUUCAACCGGACCCAGGUUAAUAUUCCACCUCUGUUCGAUGAGAUUCGUCAGAAUCCCUCUGUUCGUGGCGUAGACGUUACCCGUGCGUACUCAUCCAGCUAUGAGAAGCAGGUAGCUCGUUGCUUUACCGAAACCAUCAAAGUCGGCUCCAUCGAUACGGAAAGCAUUGGCUGCAUUGCUUCCAAGGUCGUCCUCUAUGUGUCGCUAGUCUUCAUCUUGGCUGUUGUUAUGGCCAAGUUCGUCCUCGCCCUUCUCUUUCAGUGGUUUAUCUGCAAAAAGUUUGCUGCAACCAACACAUCCAUUUCUCCCGCGGACUCCAAGCUGCGAAAGCAGCAGAUCGAAGAGUGGAGUGACGAUAUCUAUCGCCCGCCACCAAAACUCAUGGAUCCAUCUUCCGGCUCUGACCGCAGCAACAAGCGUGGCAGUACUUUCCUGCCACAGACUUCGAGGUUUACCAGCCCUUACGCGGUUGACAAGAACGCAAAGACCCGUGCCCCACCGACGACUAUGACGAGCCAGAGCACGACAUCUCGCAUCCUGGGAUCGAACAGUGGUAUGUACAAGCAACUGAAUGCCAGUCAAGGCACCAUGCCCUUGGACGGAAAGCACAAUGCGCAGUUCUCAACACAAGAGUCUCGGUCUAGUCUACUUCUUUCUGGGCAGACCGACACCAACCGCUACUCAAGUGUCGAAGGCUCUGGACCCGCAGGUUUCACACACGAAGCUGUUGUACCUCAGCCUCCACCAGAAUGGCAACCUUUUGGAUACCCCUUGGCGCACACCAUCUGUCUUGUCACCGCGUACUCUGAAGGUCCCGACGGACUGCGAACUACACUCGACUCUAUCGCUACCACGGACUACCCUAAUAGCCACAAGUUGAUUCUCAUUAUUUGCGACGGUAUGAUCAAGGGUCAUGGAGAAGAUUUGACAACGCCAGAGGUCUGUCUUGGUAUGAUGAAGGAUCACGCGGUAUUGCCCCACGAGGUCCAGGCGCAUUCAUACGUCGCAGUCGCUAGUGGUUCGAAACGACACAACAUGGCCAAGAUCUACUCGGGAUUCUACGACUACGGCGAGACGACCCGCAUUCCUGUCGAGAAGCAACAACGUGUUCCCGUAUUGCUAGUCGUGAAGUGUGGCACACCCGAUGAGGCCAAAAAAUCGAAGCCCGGCAAUCGUGGAAAGCGAGACAGUCAGAUCAUUCUCAUGUCGUUCCUGCAAAAGGUCAUGUUUGACGAGCGUAUGACGGAGCUUGAAUUCGAAAUGUUCAACGGUAUCUGGAAGAUCACUGGCAUUUCUCCCGAUUUCUACGAGAUAGUACUCAUGGUCGACGCCGACACAAAGGUUUUCCCUGACAGCUUGACGCAUAUGGUCUCAGCCAUGGUAAAGGAUCCAGAUAUCAUGGGGCUCUGCGGCGAAACAAAGAUUGCCAAUAAGCGGGAUUCGUGGGUCUCCAUGAUCCAGGUGUUUGAAUACUUCAUCUCCCAUCACUUGGCCAAGUCAUUCGAAUCAGUCUUUGGUGGUGUUACUUGCUUGCCGGGUUGUUUCUGCAUGUACCGCAUCAAGGCUCCCAAGGGUGGUCAGAACUACUGGGUGCCGAUCCUGGCUAAUCCGGAUGUUGUUGAGCAUUACUCCGAGAACGUGGUUGAUACGCUGCACAAGAAGAAUCUGCUACUACUGGGUGAGGAUCGGUACCUGUCGACGCUGAUGCUCAAGACGUUCCCCAAGCGAAAACAGGUUUUCGUCCCGCAAGCCGUUUGCAAAACCGUUGUACCGGACGAGUUCAAAGUUCUGCUGUCACAGCGCAGACGAUGGAUUAAUAGUACGGUCCACAACCUGAUGGAGCUUGUGCUAGUGCGAGAUCUGUGUGGCACCUUCUGCUUCAGCAUGCAGUUCGUUGUGUUCAUCGAGUUGAUCGGAACCCUGGUUCUCCCAGCCGCCAUUGCUUUCACAUUCUACCUAAUCGCCAUCGCUAUCAAAGCCGCUGUUCUCCACACAGAAGCUCCCGUCAUACCCCUUAUCCUUUUAGCGCUCAUUCUUGUUCUCCCCGCCAUUCUCAUCAUCGUAACAGCCCAUCGGUGGUCUUACGUCGCUUGGAUGUUCGUCUAUCUGCUGUCAUUGCCUGUUUGGAACUUUAUCCUUCCGACAUAUGCGUUCUGGAAGUUUGACGACUUCAGCUGGGGAGAUACUCGAAAGACGGCAGGCGAAAAGACGAAAAAGGCAGGCUUGGAGUAUGAAGGAGAAUUCGACAGUAGCAAAAUCACAAUGCGCAGGUGGCAUGAUUUUGAAGCAGAACGGAGACUCAAGACACCAGCGGCGACAUCGGCUGGUGGAUGGCCACAGCACCAACAACAACAGGGUUACGACCAGUAUUAUGAUAAUUAG